AUGUAUCCUCCGACCCCACCGGCACCGGCACCGGCACCGGCAUCGCCACCACCACCACCGCCGCCGACGGCACCACCGCUGCAGCCUCCUCCUCCCGCAGGCGAGGAACCUCUCAGGAUGGCGCCUCUCCUUCCACAGGGUCGCGCCGCCUCUGCUCCCUAUCGGCCGUCGCCGUGGUCCAGCGGGCUCUGCGACUGCUUCGACGACGUCGGCAACUGUACGGCCCCUUUCUCCGCCACCCUCCUUCCCUCCACCGCCGGCGCCUGACUCGCCGGAGCAAUUGCAGGCUGCAUCACUUGCCUCUGUCCCUGCGUCACCUUCGGCCAGAUCGCCGAGAUCGUCGACGGCGGAUCCUCCUGUGAGUGAGUUCACGGUAUUCCCUGGUUGUUCAGUUUUCUAGGGUUUUUACUGAUUGGAAGGGAGAGGGAGAGAGAGGGUGAAUGAAGCUUGCGGAGGGAGCGGAGCGAUGUACUGGGCGAUCCUGUGCGUGACGGGGUGGGCGUGCCUGUUCUCAUGCUUCUACCGGUCGAAGCUCCGUGGACAGUUCUUCUUGGAGGAGGCGCCCUGCUCCGACUGCCUCGUCCACUGCUGCUGCGAGUCAUGCGCCCUCUGCCAGGAAUACCGUGAACUCACUCACCGCGGCUUCCAUGUUCCCAUGGGUCUCUCUCUCUCUCUCUCUCCUACUUCCUGUCUCUCUCUCUAUCCCACUUCCUACUCUCUCUCUCUCUCUCUCUCUCUCUCUCUCUCUCUCUCUCUCUCUCUCCCUGCCUAUCUAUCUCUCUAUGUCUCUCCCUCUCGCUCUCGCUCUCUCAUUGGCUUUGUUCGGUUACGCAGGGUGGAAGGCGAACAUGGACAGAAUGGCUCGAGGAGUCAACGCGCCGCCAGCGAUCGUCGGAGGCAUGACCCGCUGA